AAGUCAUAAUGUCCCGGAAUCACGGCGGACAGCCAUCGCUAUCACACGGGGAAUCAAGUCGCCCGUCCGAAAUUAGCUUGCAGUCGCCUCGAGAGCUAGAGUUUAUUUUGGAAGACCCGCCCUCGAGACAAGAGACGAUAGCUAGGGCAGGGCCAUCUGCAGAACUGCCCCGUCAAUUUGUUUCUCUUGUCAAGGACCUGUCAUACGAGGAUGGCCAGCUGAAGAGGCGAAGAGGCGAAGACCUCGACGGACCAAGGAAGGUCUGGAAGAAACUGGCAAAGCUUCAGAAGAUUGACCUGACUCAUAACCCGUAUCAACGCCUUACUCUAGAACCCUGGCAAGAGUUGAUCAUCAUUGCUGCUACUCGAGUGGAUCGGCAUCUUGGCAAUAAUGAAACCGCAGAGGCAACCAUUCUCCAGCUAAAUGGUAAAGCAUUGGCCCGUGACACCGUUAUUAGGGAUGAACGAGUUGUCCAAGAUGUAGUUCAGUUGGCAGAUCAUCUGUUCCUGAAGUGGGGACAUGAUUUUGCCCUGGAGAUCCCUCUUCUCAUGAAUGUGCCUAUAUCAAUUCUUCGUCAACAGGGCGCUCAAAAGUUCACUCAAUUAAAGCUCUUGCUUCAGGAACAGAAACCUUCUCCUAAGAUCAAGAGUUUCCUUAAGCUCUAUCUACCAUUUCUUGUUCGCUUAUUGCGACCACAAUACGAACUUUCAGAUAUUCAGAAGGCUUUGAAAACAUCCCUGUUUAGCCAGACUGACUGGGAUACCUUCCGAAAGGCAUUAGACGGUCCCGCGCCGGAGUACGACCCAAUCAGAGAUGCUUGGACGGUGGGGGAGCCAUCAGUUGAAUGGUCUAAAUUCAUCGAUUAUGGCAAGAACUACCCAACGAAAGCCUGUGUCCCAAUUAUUGGCUUUAAAGCGUUUGAAACUUCCCCUGAUUUACGGCGGAAGGUGGCAUAUGCACGUGAGAAUCAGACGGGACAGAUACCCACCAAUCCAGACAUUUUUGCGUAUGAUUGGGCUGAGGAUAUCCAUGGCCCUGUGAAGGAGCAGGUUUUACGAGAUUUGGUAAGUUACCGACCUAUAUGUUCUCAAUCUUACUUACACAGUAGGCACAAAUCGGCUUCAUUCAAGCCGGCGAUAUAUACAUCAAGAAGGUCUCUGUACUUCAUGGGUGUGCCAGUACCACCGUAUCAAAAGGACAUCUACAGAUCGUCGUGCCCCUAGAGAAUUCACCUUGGGGAGUUACUCUUUCUAGUCAAGGCUCUAGCACGUCAAUUCAAUGGAACACAGAGACUGCGUAUAUUCUAGCUCAAGAAACAACACUCUCGGCUUUAGGAUGGAUCAAGUAUAUCUCUGUGCUUGCCACUACUUGACAGUCAAAUUGCUUUCUCUCACUCCUCCUUAAUCGUCACCACCUCCUCUCGAGUUCCCUUUAUCUCCUCAACAGGAAUCGCAAUUUGCUCGGUCCCUGAUCCCUGAGCCUCAGUUGUGGCAGCUAUGCGCAGCUGUUAGGUAAGAAAAUUAUGGGAAUUAUGGAAAUUAAUACAUUCUUUACUUGACAUAUCUCUGGCCUCUUGCGGCGUGGUGUUUCCACUGGCAUCUUGUUCACUAGGGGUAGAAGAGUAGUCUGGCAUGUUGCAAUCUUUCACCGUUGAAAAGAAUAAAAUAGAAGUGUGAGUGCCAGUCUCGUGAAAUCGGUAUUUGCAGGCUCAGAGACUAUGGUAACUUAUACCUCAACGUUCUUCCCG